AAUGAAUACUCUUUUCAGGUACAACAGAAGAACUUUCGCUAGUCUAUAUAACUACACCAGCGCCAGCAAUCCUCGCGUAUUCUUAGAGGUUAGCAAGGGAGAGACCAGUUUGGGAAAAAUGGUCUUCGAGUUAUACAAAAAUCAUGUACCAAAGACAACUGCUAAUUUUAAGGCUAUUGCAACUGGAAAGAACGAAGAUGGACUCUCCUACGUAGGAGCCCCAUUCCAUAGAGUUACCAAAGGCUUCAUGGCUGAGGGAGGAGAUAUUCUCAACCAAGACGGUACUGGAAGCACCUCAAUUUAUGGAGAGAGAUUCGAAGAUGAGGAUUUGUCUCUCAGACAUUAUAAAAGAGGCCAACUUACCAUGCUCAAUAGCGGAGAAAACUCAAAUGGUUCCCAAUUUUCCAUCACUUUUAAUAAAGCUAACUGGUUGGAUGGAUACCAUGUAGUCUUCGGAGAACUUGUAGAAGGAGAAGAUGUCCUAUCUCAAAUCGAAGAAGCAGGUAGCAGAUCUGGAGAGACUGAAGAUAAAAUCCACAUUUCAGCAUCAGGCUCAGCAUAA